AUUCAUAUAUUCCUUUCCUUGGAAUCCUUCGACCACAUAAAAGCCCAAGAAUCCCAAGAAAAGAUGGAAACCAAAAUCCCCAUCAAUGGAACCCCACCAUCUGUAGUGUCCUGAUACAGUACCCCUUCCCAAUACUCCUUAAAAAAAAAAGGAAAAAAAAAAAAGAAAAAAACAAAAAAGCCCUUGUUCCCUGGCGUUUUUGCAACAGAGAAGAGAGAGAGAGAGAGGGAAGAAAGCGCGGGACAAAUGCGAGAAAACCAGACCGAAGAUCAAUCAAAUCCCGCCAAAAAUCAAAUCGAGUCCAGCCAAUCCGAUGGGUCUUCUCUAGAUAGCGUUGAAAUCCUCCGCAAUCUCGAGAUCAACGGAUUCGGACUCGACGGCAGCAAAGAUCAGACCGUCAGAUGCUUAUUCGAUCAGAUCCUCUCUCUUUUCCUGAAAGAGAUCUCGCAGAAAGAGGAGAUUCGGCCGACUCCUGUGAUGCUCGGUGAUGGGCAGACCGUCGAUUUGUUCAAGCUCUAUUGGGCUGUUAGACAGAAGGGUGGGUAUGAUUUCGUCACGUCGAACAGGCAGUGGGGACUGGUCUCGGAAGAAACUGGGCUGGCAACGGAGAUGGGAUCGAUGGUGAAGUUGAUCUACGUGAAGUAUUUGCACGCGUUGGAUCAAUGGUUGCGGAUGACGUUCGAUCAGACGGUGAUGCCGGGCCGGGCAUUGUCGGUUGGGCUGGAGAUGGAGAUCAAAGGAUUCUUAUGUGGGGCCACAGAUUGGAAGAUGGACGGUUGGGAGUUACCGGAGAGGAACAUGGUCCGUGCGGUGGUGAGUGGCAAUGGGCAUACGGGUGAGAGCAUUAACAGAUUGGCGGCCAGGGAAUGCAUUAUUGUCAAUGAUGACGAUGACUAUCAAGCCAUGGUUGUGGACCCCACAGGUGUGAAUGGGGACACUUGUUCUCUUAGGAGAAAGCGAGGUCAAGAGUGUCUGUCGGGAAUGUUGAAUUGGGUGAUGAGGAUUGCAAAGAAUCCUGGUGAUCCUGCAAUGGAGAAGGCAUGUGAAGGAUCUGGAAGGAAGGCGGUCGGAGUCAAGGAGUACUGGGCCCAGGUGCUUGUUGCUAGAAAGCUGUUGUUUUCAAGAAGGCCGGCUUGUUUGAGAAGUGAGGGAUUCCUCUUGCUGAAAAGGCAAAGGAUGCAUCCUUCCAUGUACGAAGAUUAUAAUGGAGCUGAUUCUACAGAGAACCUAAGGUGCAGUCGGAGGCUACUCUCUUUUCACAAGAGAUCUCAUUCGGGCUCUUGUUCAGACACGUCAACCGUUCCUGACAAUGCCUUCGAUAAGCGUCUGAUUCCCUAUGAUGCAGGGAUGGACCACGAUCCCAACAUUCGAGUGCUCAGGACCAUUGGUUCUUUAACCACAGAAGCGGUAGUUGGUCUGUUCUGUAAAGAUCAGCUCCAUAAAAGGGUCCCCGUGGGCCCACACUUUCAAGCUGAAGUACCUGAUUGGACCGGAAUGGCUUCCGAGUUUUCACGUCACAGUUCAACUGAUUCUGAUGACUCCAAAUGGUUGGGCAUGCAACACUGGCCCGCCCCUGAUCCCAGAGGCAAAGAAUUAAUCGAGAAGUGUCCGAUUGGGAAAGGCCGGCCUGAUUCAUGUGGAUGCAUACUUCCAGGAUCUGUAGAAUGCGUGAGAUUUCAUGUGGCAGAGAAAAGAUUGCAGCUGAAACUCGAACUGGGUUCAGCUUUUUAUAACUGGAAAUUUGAUCGUAUGGGCGAGGAAAUUUCAUUGUCAUGGAGGGAAGAAGAGGAACGGAGAUUCAAGGCAAUCGUGCUCCAAAAUCCCGCAUCCAUGGACAAGAACUUCUGGGAUGUAGCUUACAGAAGCUUCCGUUCAAGAAGCAGAAAAAGUUUGGUUAGCUAUUACUUCAAUGUGUUCCUUCUUAGACGCAGAAGUUACCAGAACCGGGUCACCCCAAAGAACAUUGACAGUGACGAUGAAGAAUCCGAAUUUGGGUUUGUAAGUGACAGUCUCGAUCAUUAUGCAGUCGAGGUCUUUGGGGCUAAAUCCAUCUUGUGCACUCAGAAUAGGCAAUGCAUGGAUUUGGAGGAAUCAAUGGGUAUCAAUUAAGAAUCAAGAAUGGUUGGAGAUGUAAAAAUCACGUGGGUUUUAUACGAAUGCCGUCAGGAAAAAUCAUCGACCAAGAUUGUUUGAGUUUUUUUUUCCCCCACCCUCUUCGGUAGUAUAGCAAUCAUUGCGCCGUUGUGGAUGGGUUCGAUCCUCCUCUCUAAAGAUAGGAUAUUUUUUUGCAGAGAUUGAUUGAUAGCAUGCGAUUGGACUGGGCUGUUUAGAUGGCAGUGGAAACAAAGCUAUUUGGGUGGAUGACAGUACAAAUUGAAUCUACGGCUAAUAUGAAUAUCUUAUGAUCUCAAGCUUUGACUGAGUGAUUUUUCGGUCCAAAUUGUGAAAUCGGUUUUUGAGUUUCUGGUUGAUCGGUCAUGAGAUAUCGAAGAUCGAAGAUAGGUUACUCUCAGUAUGCAUUGUCUUUCAGUUUCUGUUGACUUCUUUUACAUGAGGCAAGUAGCAAGGCUGAUUCAAGCCAGAUGCAAUCACAUAAUGCUCGAUCAAAGAAAUUGUGACUUCGGAUCGUUCUACCUUCAGAGAGGAAAAGAGAGAACAGGUUAGAGGAAUGAGAGGAGUUUCCUUGGAAAAUAUACGGCCGACUUCUUUUCAUUUAAGAACCAUGGUGCUUGCAAUUUUGAACAUGACUUCAUGUCAUAUAAUUUUUCUUCUCCCUCCCUCCCUCCCUCGAUCUUGAUCUCAAUCUCUCAACCAAUGGCCUUGAUAUGCAAUCAGCUCUUUUGCAACUAAUAUUCUAAAGGCUAGCAACUGCUGAGGGCCCUGUUUGGAUGUGUUGAAAUGUUUGUGGAAAAGUUUCAUUUCUUUAGGCGUUUGGCCGCCGGUUUUUAUAUUUACCGA